UUCCAACACAUUAAACCAAUAAAACUUGGCCAUAAUUUCUACCAAGAAAUCGUUAAUGGAAUCAUGACAUAGAAUCCAAAUUGACUGUGAAAGUUCCAUCUUCAAUACCCCCACAGACAAUUUCAUCAACAAUCAUCAUGACUUUGUGCGCCGUAGACUCCGCCAGAGCACUUGCAUGUCGCGACGGCCAUGCGGCGGCGACGCUCAAGCUGAUCUCAAUGUUCGUUAUAUUUUUCACAAGCGUCGUCGGAAUAUCGGCGCCGGUGAUGCUUGCUCGUGUGUUUCACGGCAAGCCUCUAUACGAUAAAGCAAUUUUGAUCAUUAAAUGUUUCGCGGCGGGAGUCAUUUUAUCUACCUCACUUGUUCACGUGCUUCCGGAUGCGUACGACGCACUUGCGGAUUGUCAGGUAUCAUCGCAUCAUCCAUGGAAGGAUUUCCCGUUCUCCGGUCUGAUUACAUUGAUCGGGGUAUUGACGGCGCUGUUAGUGGAUUUAACGGCGACUUCGCACGUUGAUGGAUACAGUCACGGACACGUACAUGGAAGCAAGGAGGUUACCGCUUACACGCGGAUAGGAGACAGCGAGGACGUGAGAAAAUCGGUGGUGGAGAUAGAGGUUGUGGAAGCGGGGGAGGAGAGACGGCGGUUGAAGGAUGAAGAGGAGAUGGUGAAGAUGAAACAGAGAAUGGUAUCGCAAGUACUGGAAAUAGGGAUUAUCUUCCAUUCGGUGAUUAUCGGAGUAACGAUGGGGAUGUCACAGAACCAGUGCACGAUUAAACCGUUGGUGGCGGCGUUGGCGUUCCAUCAGAUCUUCGAAGGGAUGGGCCUCGGCGGUUGCAUCGCUCAGGCGGGAUUCAAAAUUGGGACAACUGCAUAUAUGUGUUUGAUGUUUUCAGUGACAACACCAAUGGGGAUCAUGUUGGGUAUGAUUCUGUUCUCAAUUACAGGAUAUGAUGAUAGCAACCCAAAUGCAUUAAUUCUUGAAGGACUUUUGGGUUCAUUGUCUUCAGGGAUUUUGAUAUACAUGGGUCUGGUGGACCUCAUUGCUCUUGAUUUCUUUCAUAAUAAGCUAAUGAGCUCUGAAACAUGGUUAAAAAAGGCAUCUUUUUUAGCCCUGGUUCUUGGCUCCACUUCCAUGUCUAUUCUUGCUCUUUGGGCUUAAUAGCUAGCUUAACUUUGAUGCCUAAAUCGAUUCUAGUUAUAUACAAAAACUAUAUGUAUCAGAGACAUUUUGUGUCUUGUUAGAGUAACUAGAUAUAUAUAUAUAUAUGAAUGAAUGAUAACAUGUAAGGGGUAUGGUAUGGUAAAAAAGAGUAUUUUUCAUUGAUGAUGAUAUUAUUGAAUGUUGUGUGUAAUGAUGUUUGAGGAGUUAUAAAAGUUGAAUGAAUUGUGUA